AUAUGUACGCGGAAUAAAUGUACAUAAACACAUAUAUACAUAAAUCUGUACUUCAAAAUUCACUGUCAGUACUGAAAAUAAUUAUACAUACAUAUGCAUGAUAUACGUAACGUGAACCAUAGAUUUUUUCAAAAUACCCACAGCAAAUUGACAGCAAGCAAUUUUGAAACAUAAGAGAGAGAUUUGUUCUUUUUCCACAUCUCAGAAUUGAACUCUGCGAAAAGUGUUAAACGAUUCUUUUAUAUAUCGGACGUGACGUCACACGGGGCUGUCAUUAGCGCGGAAAUACAAAAACAUACCGGGAAAUGUAAUCGAAUACGAUACAUUUCUCGUUGUUAACUUUUUUAAACUGAACUGACAUGGUGUUAUUAAACAAAUAAAUUACAUUGACAUUUGACGCGCCGCGUUUGUAAAGAAGCCAUUGCACUCCGCGCGCAUGUGACUACACGCACAAGUGCGUGAUCGUGUUGUUUUAUCAACAUGACAGGUUAAGCUAACCUUCAAAGUCAGUAUUUUUAAUUAAGUAAUUAUUUCGCGGAGCAGAUCGCCGCACACACACAUUUUUCCGCCGCAGAUUUUUGUUCGGGUAAAAACGCGUUGUUGUAUAUUUAAUAAAUUUCAUCAGAAGUUCCGGUGAGGUCAAAAUAAAUAAACUACUACAAGUCAAUUGUAAAGCUACAUGCAUGAAAAUCCUAUGAUAAAUAUUGCGUAUUAAAAAAAAAAAUGGAUUUGAAAGCUGUUGUUGUUUCUGGGGAAGCUCCAGAGUCUGAUGAUGAUGGAAGUAUUGUUACUGGCUUAGGAUUUCCUACCACAAGAACACCAUCAACUUACUGUGGUACUAUUAUCUCAGGUGAAGCACCAGAAUCCGAUGAUGAUCUAACAAGUUUGAGUAGUGUUAGUGGGGCGGUAGAUGCCAUGGCAUGCCCUCCAUACACAGAUCUUAAAAUACCAAAAUCUAAAAAAAGUUCUAUCAAGUAUAACAGUUUACUUCACAAAAAAUUACACGAAUGCAAUGAAACUUUGGACAGAAACAUUCUGCAAGUGACCGAGGGCGUAAUCGCAACCAACGUGCAAGAAUUAUCAGCUGUUAAUCGACAGUUGCUGAGAAGUGAGCUGGUGUUACAGGAGGCUGUGUGUCAGUUGCGCAAUGCGUCUACUCGAGUAAAAGACACCUCCAACGCUCUACGUCAACUCAUAGACGACAAUUUCCUGCAUUCCAUUAAAACUUAACUUUUAAAACUUAUUAGUGCUUAUUAAUAUCUCUAAGAUAUACUCGGUAGCGAUGAGAGAGUACGUGUAUUAGUAUAUAAUGCCAUCCUUGUGAUAUACCGCGCAUUAGAUGCGAAUAUUUAAAAAAAAAAAAAAACAUCGCACGUUCUCAUUAUAAUCGGGAACGCGUUGUUGAGCAUUGAUUGAUCUUUGUUUGGCAGUACUAUUUGAUGUGUCUUCUUUUGUAUGUUUUUUUUUCUUCUCUAGCAUAAUUUUACUUUAUCUCGAGAAAAGGUAUCAAUCACGUCAAUUCAUUAUAAACUAAUACCUUAUGAUUAAUUUGCGAAACUAAAUAUAUGUGUUGUAUCGGAUUUUAACGACAUUUGAUUUAGAAGAUAGAUAGCAAUCAGUCCUAUACUGAUCCUUACGUUUUUUUUUUUUUUUUUUUUUUUUUCCAUUUCAAAAUUAUGUCGAUGAUUUAAAUGCGAUGGUAUUAUGACUUUCUAAUAUAAAUAUGCAUAAUGCAGUUCACAUAGAGGAGUAAUCAUGUUUUACAGAUAUACAUUAUCAAAGAACAGUACGAUAUUGAAACAGAGCAUUUCUGCAGAGAGUAGACAUACACUUUCGUUAUGUCGGUUUUAGAAAAUGUAUUGUGUAAAUAUGUAUAUUGCGUUACUUCGUACUUUGUAACUUGAGAAUUACAUAAAUGAAUAUAAAUGCGACAUUGCUUGUUGGUACACAAUUGUAAACUUGGUAAUUAUUUAGUACCUAUACAUAGCUUACAUGUAUGCGUAGUCUUGUCAGAAACACCUGUCCUAUUUUCUUUCUUUUCUGCAAGUUUCAUCGAUUUUCUUUAUCAAAUGCACAACUUUGCUUGGUAUCAAAGGGCUGAUAUCGAUUCUUUUUUUUUUUUUUUGGUUUUUUUUUUGUUUUAUCGUCGCUAUUACGUCACUAAUGUUAGUGUACAAUGAAUUGGUGAUUUGAAUGAGGGCUUUUUCGGUUUUUUUUUUCGCUAUAAAUUCAGUCUUAAAUAUUCCAUCGAUCUUCGUUGAACUAAAUCUCGGUAUAUGACGUAUCUAAGUACAAAAAUUCCACGAACAAAACACGUCCCGCUGCGAUUUGAUAUGGCGACAUUGCGACAGAAUAUCCACUUUAAGAUGCUACUUGUGCAGCUUCUCUCUUUGUGUAUAUCCAGAAGAUAAGUUAAUAGCUAACUUGCUCAUGCAUAUAUAUACAUGUAUAUAUGCGCAAUUUAUAUAUACAAUAUAUAUAAAUUAUAUAUAUUAUAUAUAUAAUUUCAGUAUUAGCAACGUAUCUUACGUUAUGUAAAGCAAUUCCGUACGUUCACUAAAAGGAUGUAAAGUAUAUUGCCAAAGCAUAGUUGUGCCACUGAAAAUAUCAUGUUGUGUGUGUACAUAGAUAUAUGUUAUAGAUUAAAAAAUUCUACCAAAAAAAAAAAAAAAAAA